UUAUCGUCGGCUCAGUUUGUAGCAGAGUUUUACAAGACGUACGAUUUCAAGAAGGAUUUUAUGGACCGAGGUAAAGGUAUGAUAUUAUAAAAGCACAUGGGGGGGGGUGGUGUGGUUCUAAUAGAGCACACGUCACGUUUUCUUCUUUAUACAACUGUGCAACACGAUGGCGAGUUGAAUUCAUUUUCAAAAAUAAGGCACGUCUUGACCGUUGGCCAUUAUUGUUGACUAGUUGAUCGGGCAGCAUGAGAAAGAGAAGAAGAAGAAAACAGAGCGUCACGUGGCAUAUCAAGCUAUUUUUAGAAACAUUUAUCGUUUGAAUUUUUAAAAAUUAUUUUUUUUUUUAAUGAUUUAAACUUUAAAAACAUGAAAAGUCCAUUUAAAAGAAAAUUAAUAUGGUUCUUAUUAAAAGAAACGGGUUUGAAUGCGAGCGCUUUAUAAUUUUAGGAACGAUAUUAGGAUUGUGUAGUGUGGGGGGGGGGGCGGACGCCUCAAGUCGAAAGUGUCAAGAAAUUUUGCUUUGUAGACUUAAAGUCUAAAAUUAUUACCCAUUUACCAAGCACAUAGCGCUAAAGCCGGAAAAAAAUGCUGAAUUAGUUUAAGUGUUGAAAACACGUCUUCUUUAAGAGGAAAAGAUGAGGAAAUAGCUUUUUGAGUCUAAUUGUUUUAAAAUUGGGGGAACAACACAGAGCCGUUCUUAGGAGUUUGGGAGGCCCUAAGCAUGGGGGCCCCGGAAGGCGGGGGUCCGGGGUUGGAACUGCCUCGAGCUGAGGAGAAAACACGAACCACCACUGCGGCACCUCCAUUCUGCCUUCAUCAAUGUUUCCUCUUUCCCAUUCCCACGGCCAAGCCCCCGAUUUCCUGUCUGCCACCCCCAAAGCCCCCCCCCCCCCUCUGGUGUUUCCCUUCCCCUGCCUCCGAAUUCAACUCAGAAUGAUAAAUUUCAGGAUGAGGAAGGUAACGUGAGGGACACAGACAGCUGCAGUGCCAGUUUUAAAAAAAAACGGGGGAUCGAGGGUGCCUCAUGGGGGCCUCCUCACGUUCGUGGCCCUACGCGGAUGCGUAGUCAGCGUAUGCCUAAGAACGGGCCUGAGCUACAUAUGUAACCUAACUAAAAAACUUGCAAUAGAAAUUAAUUACGGUUUUACAACAACCUUAAUAAAAUGAUGAUAACAUGAUGAUAAUAUGAUGAUAAUUUGACGAUAAUAUGAAUUGAUGGGUAAAUAGUCUUAUAUUCUAAACAUAAAGCUAUAUUGAAUUGACUGAGAUUUUCUAACACAGAAUUAAUUUAUUUUUUUUAAAAAUCAUUUCUGAUUGUCUGAAGGAGGCAUCUAGCCGGUACGUCCUUUUGAUCGUCCUAUCUUUCAUUUCAAGCCUUUGCAUGUCUUACCCACUGUUUAUUUCACACGGUCUAAACGCAGUCCCUCAGGCGUUAUCCUUGAUUGCUUUAACAGGAUUUGAGUGUUUCCAUGACGACAAAUGGCCCACCAAGCCAAAAGUGUGUAGAGAGGCGACUGUGGAAUAUCCAGACGAAGGUAGGGGGCAGAAUAAUCAAUCAACCAAUAGAUCGUGGGGCCCUUAAUCUAUAGAAGAAGAAGAAAGUAAAUAGUGUCGCUUCUGGUGGAUUUGUCAGCUAAUAAGUGUUGAGCUUGUCAUCAUCACCAUCAUCACCAUCAUCAUCACCAUCAUCAUUAUCACCAUCAUUAUCACCAUCAUCAUCAUGAUUUGGCUUGGGGGAUUGAAAAUAUUUUUUUUUAAAUUGAAACAUAAUUUAAAAUAAUAUGAAGGCAAAGUUAAAAUUUUUUUUUUGUGUUUUUUUUUUUUUUUUUUUUUUUUUUUUUGGGGGGGGUGGGGUUUGUGUUUUUUUUUGUUUUUUUGUUAGCAUUACAUUUAUCAAACUUGAUUUUUUUAUAAGAAAUGCAAUUCUGAAAGUUUGUAUAAUACAAAAAUGUAAUUAAUUAAAUAUUAUUUUCUCCUAUCCAUUUUUCAUAAUAACAAUGUUCGCUAUUUUUUUUCCUCAUUAAAACAUUGAUUUUUAUAAUGAAGCUACAUUAAACUAAUGUAACGCGAAAAUAAAAUUGAGCCAGUAUCGAUGACAGCUAUAAUUACAAAUCAUGACUACAAAGCCAUAAUCCGACGAUAAACAAUAUCCGAAUAUGGCAAAUGUUUCUGAGAUAGUCGCAUUAAGCUUUAAGUCAUUUUACUCUUAGCGAUUCCCAGCCAAGUCAUUUUAAGCUUUAAGUCAUUUUUACUCUUAGUGAUUCCCAGCCAAGUCAUAUUAAGCGUUAAAGUCAUUUUACUCUAAGCGAUUCCCAGCCAGGUCAUAUUAAGCUUUUGAGUCAUUUUUACUCUUUGCGAUCCCCAGACAAGUGAUAUUAAGCUUUAAAGUCAUUUUACUCUAAGCGAUUCCCAGCCAAGUCAUAUUAAACUUUAAGUCAUUUUUACUCCUAGCGUCUCCCAGCCAAGUCAUAUUAAGCUUUUAGUCAUUUUACUCUUAGCGAUUCCCAGCCAAGUCAUAUUAAGCUUUAAAAUCAUUUUUAUUCUUAGCGUCUCCCAGCCAAGUCAUAUAAAGCUUUUAAGUCAUUUUACAGACAGAUGUCCCCGGGCGCAAGCUAGUUAGGGGCGCCAAAAUGUGCUUUGAUAUUAUAUUAUUGGUAAAAAAAAAAUGUGUUUGAGAGUUGAAAAAAAGAAAAGGGGUGCUUAAAAUGGAUCUUGUCCCCGGGUGCGAAUCUUGUCCCCGGGCGCCAAACACCCUCCCUACGCCUCUGCCAAGAUGUAUUUUUUCGCAUUUAGCUGAAAGAAUUUUAGGACUAAAUUUCACUACUGAUAUGUGGAAGCUAAUUUUAGCCAAUAUUUUAAUACUAAAUUUCAUUCCUGAUAUGGGAAUUCACAUUUAGCCAAUAUAAUUUUAAGACUAAAUUACACUCCUGAUAUGAGACGUUACAUUCAGCCAAUAUGAUUUUAAGACUAAAUUCCACUCCUGAUAUAAGACGUAACAUACAGCCAGUAUUAUGUGUUAAUUCCUCACUUAAGACUCCCCGGUGGCGAUGUAUCGUAUCCAUGACAACGAUGGCAGCACCAAUGAAACAGACACAACCAAAUCCGGUCACCACAAGAGGAGACACGGGCGAGACCUCAUCUGUUUAACAGACGAGAAGCAUGGCGUGUUCACCGUGAGAGAGCCUGGCGUCUACUUGGUGCAUCUGAAUGUGAGUUAAAGUGGAUUAAAACUUGAAGAGUCUGAUGGAAGAGUCGAGUUUAUAGUUUGUGCCAUUGAAUGUGAGAAGAAGACGAAAAACAAGUAGAAAGAUUAUUGUGGUUACAAAUGGCGCAGGAAGAAGGUUAAUGUUGCGGUCCCUCAUGGGCGGAAAAUACUUAUCUUUCAACAGAGGUGCAUUAUUUUCGGCCCAUUCGGCCAUCUGCUGAGGUUUUUUUUUUCUGACCUUGAAAUGGGAGUGGCUGAAUUCUUGGCCCAUCAAGGUGACCCCAACCCCCCCCCCCCCAACUUGCUAUGCCAUUGGUGGUGACAGACGGGACAACGGAAACAUACGUUUCUUGCUAAUUGAGUUGCAGUCUCUCUCUGGGCUAUGACAGCGGCAAGCCAUUAGAGUUGGGGGCUAAAGAGCCAUCAUACCGAGAUGAUGCGGCUGUGUCUGUCCAUUGCGGUGAUGCUUGUUUUAGUUUGUGGAAGUUGAAGAUAGAAUUUAAUAAGUCCUACCAUGCGACUCGACCCCUCCCCCCUCCCACCAACCCACAUUUUUUCCCCCUCGGCAACCAUUUUAACAUCUCCCGAAACAAGUAUGAACACGUAGCUGUAGAAAUGCACAAGCCAGUCCACAGUCGUGUCGGGUAAUAUUGCAAGAAAUUGAUGGAAGUGGUAAUUUUGUUGUUGUUGUUGCUGUUUUUGUUGUUUUUGAGCUUGUCAAAACUACAGCUGUAUUUAAGAAUUUGUUAGUGUAACAUCUUGGCGUUUAGACUAUGUUUUAAUAGGCUCGGACAAUAUCAGAUUUUGAACGAGAGUACAAGAACGUAUGAAGAUGUCGCAAGCCAUGUGUCUUGAGAGAGAGGGGGGGGGGAGAAGCUCUCAUGUUCUUUCAUACUUCUACAGCGUUUGGUACACAAAACUCUCACGGGGGAGAGAGAGGGGGGAGAGAGAGAGCGAGAGUACAAGAAAGUAGGAAGAUAGCGCAAACCAUGUGUCUUGAGAGAGAGAGAGAGGGGGGGAGAGAGAAGGAGAGAGAGAGAGAGAGAUUGAGAGAGACAAUUAAUUGUUUUCAAGGAAAUUAUCUUCAUCUUUUGCCCAAGGACAUAAUUAUUGUUAUUUGAGCACCCAAUGAUGUGUCAUAAUUAUUCUCUUAUUCCAUUGUAUCGGAUGAGCUAUGAUUUCACGUUCUAAUAGUUCAUGUGAUGCUGUGAGUGAUUUAAAGAAAGUGACGUGUCCAAAAACAGAAUUCGUUACUUCAUUUUGUGAUUUAGCCAGGAGCAUCAAAAGACGGAACAUCCCUAUAAUUAUGAGACCGUUACAUUGGUGUCAGAAGAGGUGGACAUUUCAAUGUAGAAACAAUUACAGCUAGCUACAGAGCCUUCUUGAAUUAAACUGAAGUGGGCAUUUACAGAGAAAUAGUUGGCUAGAACAUAUUUGUGUGUGAAUGUGUAGUUGUGAUUUGGCAGCGAUCCUCUUCAUCAAAAAAGUAUAGCCUCAAAACAAUUUGCCCUUUUAUGAGUAGCUUCCGCGGCUUCUCCUGGAAUGGCAAGUCUCAGCUGCAGCUCUCGCAGCAGAACCUUGACUUCUCGGAUCACUAUGGCGGUCGGUGUUGCUACCUUUUGCUGUUACACCGUCCCACAUUCUACUUACGCCUCAACAGUUCAAGUCUUUUUUCUUCUCUACUUCUCUGUAACAACGGUUCGAAUCAUUUUUCUUCUUCUCUAGACCAUAAACUCCUAUUUGUUAUCAUAAUCUUAAGCUCGAAACCCAAUACAAUUUUAAAGAGAAAUCCACAUGCAUAAAAUGUGAUAUGUGUCUUCUCUCUCUCUCACUCUCUCUCUCUCUCUCUCUCCGCAACAGAUCACGGUGGUGGACGAGAGUCACAAUCACAGUCUCGCCAUCUUCCUUAACGGGCAGGCUGUCCUGGCGUGUCCCAAGGGUGGCUUCAGAUGUCCCCACAGCAACGAGCCCAGGUCCCACAAGUACAGGAUAUGUAACAUUGAUGGUGAGUUUCUAAAGAGAGAGGAACUAUUAUCCAUUCACACUAUAACCCAGAGAUUCUUAACCAGGAUUGCAGGGGGCUGCAGUUUAACCUAGAAAAGCAGGUUUAUUUGCAUUUUAGUGGCAUUUUUUAUCGUCGACCCUCGUUUAUCGCGAUUAAUCAGCGCCAGGCUCUACCGCGAUAAGUGAAUUUCCGCGAAGUAGGAUUCUUCAUUUAUUAAUCGAAUAUUUUCGUAGUUAGAGCAUAGCAAACCUGUUCACUGUGCUCUAAAUAAGCUUAAAAAAACCACUAUUAGACAAUCUGGGGAUGCUCGAAUACAUAGAUAGGCCUACAGUCCUACUGACGGUAAUUUUAAUUGUAAUACAGGGGUGUAUAAUUGAUGUAGACAAACGAAUAUAUGUUGCAUUUGAACAAAGAAAACGUCGAAAGUGUAAGCGCGAAGUGGCGAGGGACGACUGUAUAUAUAUAUUAAGUAUGAGCUAUCCAGGUCAUUGGUGCACUGUCCGGGCAAUCCUUUAGAAUACUUACAAAUCGUCUUCCCCCAGGUGUCCUCGAGAUGAACAAAGGCGACACACUGCAGGUUCGAACCCUAGAGCCCAAAACUAUGAUUCGACUGGAGGGCCACAGAAAGUCACAGCUCAGGUUCAUCCUGCUUCACCCCAUGGGCAAGGAAGCCAAGAAGGGCAAGAAGAGGAAACCGGAAGGCUAAAAUGUGAAGCAAGUCGCCAUUUGGAAAACUGAAGCUUGAAAAUGUUGCCGAAAAUAAUUUUUCAAAAAGGAGAAAAAGGAAAUUUCGAAGAAAAAAACAACUAUUUUCUCGAGCGGCUGAUUAUCCCGUGUUGCGAUUAUCCAGUUUUGUGAUUCUUCAUAGGGUGAUUAUCCAUGGUGCGAUUAUCCAGUGGUGUGGCCAACAAGUUGUUCGAUUUUAAUUGUUUUACUUUUUUUAAGCGUAGGUUACUGUUCUUGAUUCGGCUCUUUGAAAUUAAGAUGAUUUGUGUAUGAGUAUGUUAUGUCCAGACUCUAUAUAUGAGUUGUAUAUGAGUGUUUUAUGUCCAGACUCUAGAGAUGAGCCAUUUCAUGACAUUUAAGUCUUAGUAACUGAUAUCUGAAACAGUAUUAACUAUGGUUUUAAUAUCAUUACUUCUGGAAAGUCAUUAAAAAAGUCUUACCGAAGUAGGAUUAAAAUUUUAUAUAUUAUAAUACUUACACCUUUUAGUAGUUAAAAUACUUUUCAUGAUAUACCUUUCAAAGAACAUCGUAAGUCUAAAUAAGGCGAGGCAAUUUAAAAUAAGCAUUACAUGGCAUUCGACAUGCAGCUAUGGCCAAACAAACAUAUGAUGUUAUGUCGUCAGGCAGCUAUGGCCUACCAAAUCUUUGCUACGAGUCAGUCAGCUACGGCCUACCAAAUUUUUGAUAAGAGUCCUUCAGCUACGGCCCUGCAAAGCUGUGUUAUAUGGUGAGGCAGUUACGGCCCAAUAAAAACUGUGUACUUUGUUAAGCUACGCAAAGCACAUACUAAGAUUCCGCUAUAUGUGUCAGCGUAGUGUACAAAUGUAUAUAUUUAUGUAUAGUAACAUAUAAACUUAUUUUAAUUUCCUAUUUCAAUGAUUUAAAAAUGUGAAGAAAAUAUCUCUCAAAAUGUUUGAGACCUAAUUGAAUUGAAAUCUGCCGUGUUUCCAUUGUAAGUGUGUUUUAAUAGAGUAGACAUAUUUAUUCAUUUAUUCUUGAAACAGGUAAGUUGCUUUAUUUUUAUAUAUAUAUAUAUAUAUAUAUAUAUACAUAUAUAUAGAUAUUGAAUGAGGAUAGAUAAACAGGAAAUGACAUUGUAAAUAAAUUGACGCGCCAAAGUUACAGUAUAGCAAGGAGAAUUUACUUUGUAUUCCCUGUUUACGCUCUUACUAUAUCUUGAACGUCUACCAAUUUUGUUAGAACAAUUUUAUUGCAAUAUUUUUAUUGUUAAAACAAAUAUUUUUGCACACUUGUAUGCACAUAAUUAUACCAAUAAUUUUAGAACUAGUUAAGUGUGUUAUAGUUACGUACCACUAUAAUUUGCAGAGAAUUUAUUUAAUCGCUAAUUUUGCUUUAUGGCUCUUGCCAAACAGUACAUAACAAAGGACGAUACCAUUAAUUAAAUACAGCAAUGAAGAGGGAUACCCGCACUAGGGCUAAUUACACAUACUAAUUUAUUAAGUUAACUUUACAAUCGAAAAAUCAAAUAGAAUUAAAUUAAGGCUAUUGAAUUACAGUACAGCAAUGAAAUUUUACCGGUACAAUUUUGGAAGGUGCACACACACUUACACAGUAAAUAUAAUGUACAAUAUCUGCGACCGGUGCAGUAUGACAGUCUGUUAGUCUCGCAUUCGACUCGUAUCGAAAUAACCCUCUCUGUCUCUCUCUCUUUGUCUCGCAGACUCUCUCUCUCUCUCUCUGUCUCUCUCUCUCUCUCUCUCUCCCUCUCUCUCUCUCUGUCUCUUUCUCUGUCGAUCGGCUUAUUUAUAGUCUUUCACAGAGGCUUUUCCAGAAAACGGAUUACGCACUGCAUCUGUACCGCAUCACGUCUCGUAAGUUCUAAAGCAUUCGACCAGUGACUAUGUUAACAUGUAGUCAAGGUCAAUGGAGACAAUUUAUAAUCAAUCCUUAUUUUGCUUUGAAAUGCACUUGUAAUUUUCUUAAUUUGGCGUAGUUUUAAGUAGCAGCCACACUCGUUAGAUUUUCUAAAUAUCCCCCCCCCUCCACUUUUGUCGACUUGGUGUUGGUCAUAACAGAGAAUCAUGGCCGGCGCUAGGAGGGUGCGGGGCCUUGGGCAAAUUGACAUUUGCGUGGCCGUUGAUGUUAUAUAUUCCGCCGACACGUUAUAGUCGUACUGGGGGACUUGCUGGUCAUAAUUGGACGCGUCGUAACGGAUAUUCCACGAUAAUCCUCUUUCGUCUGCUUAACAUGCGCCCAGAGGUCUUCCCGAGAUUCAUCUCGAAUGGAUGGUAUGGGAGCCAGUCUGACCUUCAGGCCAUUUGACUAUCUAAUAACUCCGAACAUUGCGUUGACUGGAUUAGGAACUAUUAGUAGGCUUGGGUAUAGUUUAAAUAUACUGCGGCAACGCGCGGGGACCCUGCAAACGCGGGGACUUGGGAGGUUGCCCACUUCGCCAUCCUCCUAGCGCCGGCCCUGAGAGGAUACAGGUUCGCUGACAUAAGGGUGCUUCUAAAAACAUCAGAAGAAACAUGACAUCAUCCAGUUUUCAUUUGGUCACAUAUUCUUAUGUUUUUGUACACAAAUAAUACUUUAAACAUUUCUCUCCAACUAUUUCUCACAAUUAUUCCACCGACUGAUUUGCACUGAUAACAAACAAAACACAGCUUUGAUUCCUGAUUUCUAUUCAUUGAACGUCUCAUUUUCUGAUCUCUGAAUACCAGGUACUUGUCCCCCAACGCCACAACAAUACAGUUUGGACACGCACUCUCCCAUACCCGACAAGACUACCUUUUAAAAAAACAAACAACCAAGGUACCAUAAAUUGUUCUCACUGCACACCGUAAUCAUUUGGGACACGUUUAGUGCCCUAGCUCCCAUCUAGGUCACUCUGACCCGAAGACUCUCCUGUCCUAUUUCUAUCAUCCUACAAAUCACAGUCGUUAACACGCCAUGUUCACCCCUCUGAUUCAUCCAACCUUUGUCCCGAUUGGUGAGGCGGUCGACAUUAACCCAUCUCUUCCAUCCAACGUGUGUCCCGAUUGGUGAGGCGGUCGACCUUCACCCAUCUCUUUCAUCCAACGUUUGUCCCCAUUGGUGAGGCGGUCGACAUUUUUUUACGAUGUCCGAAAACAGGCGCACGCAUCAAGCUGCUUGUGGUUGCACCAUUCAUCUUUCCCAACGCUGCCGUUAACAAUCAUACCAGAUACCCAGUAAAGCGUACCCUGAACAAGCAAAAGAAAAAAAAAGGAGAAGAUCGUAUUUCGAUUUUAUGUCAACCCAUUACCCAUGUUACGAAAUGGUUGUUCUUGCUUAAAGUAAAGGAUGUCAAGCCAUCACAGUCCUUAGCGUUUUGACCUCCCCCCCCCAGCCCCCAUUUUUUUUUAUGCUGUACCUUCUCGUAUCUCUCACACCAUUUCCCAACAAAACGGUAUCAAAGAAUGACGCUGGAAAAUACUUUCAACGUUAUCUGGGUUUUUUUUUCCUUUUUUUUUUUUCUUCUUCUUUUUUCUUUCUUUUCUCUUUACGCACAUUCAAUAAACUUCUCCAAGUUCUGGCGGGCCAUUUAAAAUCAGUUCGCGGGCCGAAUACGUCCUGCGUGUUGGACAUCAGUUGUAUGAAUGCGUCCUGCGCAUUGGACAUCAGUUGUAUAUCAGCUACAAUUCCAUAGGUGUUUUGAACACAAGAAGAAGGCGUUCUUGAAAAACUCAGACAUGACUUUUUGAGCGCUUUGACUGUUGCGGAAGGCUGGAUACUUACUCCCAUUUUUUUAUGAUAUCUAUGAAUUGAAGGAUACAAUAAUUGCAUCCUUGUAUAAUCACUAUUGGAUUGUAUGUAUUAGUUUUAUGUACAAUAUUGACUUGUGAUAUAUUUUAACGUUAGAUAGUCUUAUUAUAUUUUUUUUCAUAUUGUAAUUGUCUGC